UUUCAUCCAAAAUUUACACUAAACUGGAACUUUCUAUAGACACGUAAAGUUUAUAUUAGUCAAAUCUAUUGAAACACCUUGUAUAUUUAAUGUCCACUAUAACGAAAGUUCAAGUUGACCGGACAACAUAAGAACACUGUGUGUCGUGUCGCAGUUACGAUUGGCAGCUCAUCGGCGUCAGAUAAAAUUUAUACUCAUUUAUAAGUAACUCUUUAGACUUAUACAGUGAUAGAAUGUGUAUUUGAUGUUCUAUCAUUAUAAUCUAAAGUGGAAUACAGGAUAUAAAUUAGAUUAUUGAACUCUUUCUUCCUUUUAAUUGAAAUAACAUACAGUGAAAUGCCUGAUAUUUCCAAUACUCGCUCUACCUGCUCUAGCGGCUCCUACAUUUUUGGGUCUCCCCAUCUUAUAAGCACUGUAAUGGGAUGGAAACCGUUGACCGAACUCGGCGUAACACUAGUACACGAGCAUUUAACCAGCAGUUUUCUCUCAUGUAAGAUACAAAAUGUUCCGUACGGAAAUUAUGACGGCGAUCAAGAUCUGUGUUUAUCAAAUAUAGGACACAUCAAGCGAUAUCCAUACUUCUAUUCCAAAAAUCUAUGUCUCUCCGAUGCAGACGUAGUAAAAUAUAUGGAUUAUGAAUUAUCUUUGUUUAAAUUUGCCGGCGGCUCCUCCGUCGUGGAGACGAGCAGCUACGGUUUGAAACGAAGUCUUCAAUUUGUUAAGUUAUAUAGUCAAACCACAGGCAUCAAUAUACUUGUUGGAACAGGAUAUUACACUGCUAUGACGCAAUCUACGUCUGAGCUUUCUAUGACGUGGCUAGAAAUGUAUGAUAAGAUGAUGAGUGAAUUUGUAUAUGGCAUCAAGGAUAGUAACUGUAUUGGUAUAUAUCCAGCGUUUAUUGGAGAAGUGGGCAGCAGUUGGCCGAUCCAUGAUUUUGAAAGACAGUCUAUUAUUGCGACUGGUGAAGUUCAAGAGCAACUGCAUUGUCCUGUAAGCUUCAGUCCUGGGUGCAAUGAAUCUUCACCCAUGGAGAUAUUGCGGAUCUAUCAAGAAGCCGGCGGCAACGCUUGCAAAGUCAUUAUGUCUCACGCCGAUCGUACAUUUACUAGCAAAGAGAAAUUAAUGGAAUUCAUCGACGAUACCAAUUGUUUCGUUCUAUUCGAUUCGUUUGGUGUUGAAAAUUCUACCUAUUAUAACAAUAAUCAGUUUAGUUCAGUUUUAUCAGAUAUAGAGCGCAUUCAGUACAUCUCAGAUUUGAAACAGCAAGGAAAAUUAAAUCGAAUACUCAUGAGCCAAGACAUACACACUAAAAAUAGAUUGAUUUCUUACGGUGGCUCGGGUUAUUCUCAUAUUUUGAAUAACAUAAUACCUCGCAUGUUAAAGAAAGAUUUUAAUAUUCAUGAGAUUGACAAGAUAUUGAUUAACAAUCCCCGGCAGUGGCUAUCUUUGCUUUAGAAAAUUCAUUAGAAUAACAAUUUGACUCAAGAUGUACGUAACAGAAAUAUUACAUUUCUUCGAGGAUUUUUGACAUAUAUAAAUUAAGUAAAGACAAUUGCGUUGAUUGAUUAACAACGACAUUGAAUAAAUAGUAAAUACACAAUAAAAUAAAUAAAUA